AUGGGGUUUGCUCAAUCGCACUGUUAUAUUUCAUCUUAUGAUCACAAUCUUACUCCGACUCUAAAUCAUCGUAGCAGUGGCAAUAGGAGUCCGUGUGUGCAUAAGGUAAGCCGACCACCACCACCUCAACGAAAAAGGAUGCACAGAACACCACCACCUCAACGAAAAAGGUUGCACAGAACACCACCGCCACCUCCGCCUCCUGCGUGGUUCUACUAUUACUCUCCUCCACCUCCUAGUCCGUCACACUUGCCCAACCAUCCGCCACAUGUAGCCUUGUCACCACCACCUCCUGCAUGGUUCUACUUUUACUCUCCUCCGCCUCCGAGUCCGCCAAACUUCCCGCACCAUCCACCGCGUGCACCCUUGUCGCGACUUCAGAAACGUCAUCUUCCGUGA